GAACGGCCGAGGAUGAGCACCGGGACGCGGCAGAGCACCGGCUCCUCUCGCUGCCUUCAGUGCGCAGAUCCACACGCGUGAAGAACCGCCAAAGUCCAUCUCACCGAACAUGGACAACGUCCUGAAUGGAGCGCAUCCGUGCUGCGAGCCGUGGACCAACGCCACCAGCCCCUCACCCGACCUAUUCAACGGCAGCGUCCUGAACGAGAGUCUGGUCAACUCCACCAACUCGUCUGCGUCGGACGUCCGCUCGGGCCCGGGCCUGGCAGGCGUCCUGAUCCAGCUCAUAUACAUCAUUGUUUGCGUCAUCGGCCUGGUGGGGAACACGCUGGUGAUCCACAUCGUGCUGCACUACUCCAAGAUCGAGUCCGUCACCAACAUCUACAUCCUGAACCUGGCCAUCGCAGACGAGCUCUUCAUGCUGGGCCUGCCCUUCCUGGCAGUCCAGAACACGCUCCAGACGUGGCCCUUCGGCUCCUUCAUGUGCCGCCUGGUUCUGACCGUGGACUCCAUCAACCAGUUCACCAGCAUCUUCUGCUUGACCGUGAUGAGCAUCGACCGCUACCUGGCCGUCGUUCACCCCAUCUACUCCUCCAAGUGGCGCCGUCCUAAGGUGGCCAAAAUGGUGAAUGGCACGGUCUGGGCUCUGUCCUUCUUGGUGGUUCUGCCGGUGGUCAUUUUUGCCAACAUCCAGAAGCCCGGAGGUCACUGCAACAUCGCCUGGCCGCAACCGGCGGACAUCUGGAGCGCCGCGUUUAUCAUCUACACUUCCACUGUCGGCUUCUUCUGCCCGCUGCUCAUCAUCUGCCUCUGCUACUUGCUCAUCGUCUUCAAGGUCCGGAGCUCGGGCAAGAAAGUCCACGCCACAUCCAUCAAGCACCGGAAGUCCGAGAGGAAAGUGACACGCAUGGUUGUCAUUGUGGUGGCGGUUUUCGUCUUGUGUUGGCUGCCGUUCUACGCGCUGAACAUUGUCAACCUGCUGGUGUCGCUGCCCUCCGAUUAUCAGGGGCUGUGCUAUUUCGUCGUCGUCCUGGGCUACGCUAACAGCUGCGCCAACCCGAUCGUGUACGGAUUCUUAUCAGACAACUUCAAGCGAGGUUUCCGAAAAGCCCUCUGCCGUGCCACCAGGAAAGUUGGCAAUCAAGAGCAGGUGGAGCGCCGGCCGCCGCAGGAGGAAGCCCAGAGAGUGCUGAUGCCUCGCGAGAGUCUUCGCCGUGGAAUCAGAAAUGAUGAAGAGGAAGAGGACGUUUCGGAAGUGACUGAGAUUUACAGAAUCCCAGACAACAGCAACAAUGCGCUCCUGCCUAAGACGCCGCAGUCUGGGGCCUGUGCCAAUGAGACGACGGAGCUCUGCUCGCCCGACACAGACCCGCAAGAUCAGGGGAACGGGUCUGUGACCGUCCCCAAUAAAACCCUGCCCGAGGAGAACCAGGACUCCUCACUGCACAUCAGUUAUCUGUGAUUCAUGAACUGCUGUGACGCAUCCUCUCGAGUCUAUUCUAUUUUUGUGGGAUGUAUUUUACAAUGUUAAAAUAGAAGCAGAAAAGUGUUUUAUUUUAACUAAAUGAAAAUCAAUUGAAACACAAAAUAAAUGUGUAAUAAAUAUAUAUGAACUAUUUAAUUUAAUAAUUUAAGAAAAUAUUUUGUUGACUCGUUUAAUUAUUAAGAUAUACACGAUGAUUGAUAUGACAAUAAUUUGUACAUUAUAUGAAUAUACAUAAAUGGUAGCAUGUUAUGGUUGAAUAUCAAAAGUGAUAAAGCUGAAUAAAUAAAAUAAAAAAAUGUUAUAGAUAUUGGUAACAUGAUCAGUACUGGAUGUUUAAAAAAAUCAGAUUAAAAAAUUGUAAAUAAUUGAUGAGCUUUAAUACGUUGCUAUCAGGUGACUGAGAUGUUGUUUGUUGU